AAAAAAAAUGUUACUACAUUUCGGUUAGAAUCUUAGUAACAUUUCAUUUCGCAGGAUUGGCAACGAAUGAAAUAUUGACCGCCUUUCUCGCCGACACAUGCGCAGAAUCAGCAUAAACAAAAAUGGGCUCCUGGAAGAAAGCCACUUUUUUCCCGCUAAAUAAACGGAGUGUCUUGGAGGUGGUUUUGACCGAAAUCUGAAUGAAAAUGGACAAACUAGACCGUUUUAUAAAGUUAGCAAAAGCUGGCGAAGGCACUUACGGCGUGGUCUACAAAGCCAAGAACAAGCUGACUGGCAAGAAUGUGGCUCUCAAGAGGAUUAAAUUGGAAAAGUUCUACAGAGAUGAUGGGGAGGCAGAAGGUGUACCACCCACAGCAAUUCGUGAAAUUAGCCUUCUUAAAGGACUUAGACACUCGUCGAUAGUGGAAUUGCUAGAUGUGAUGCAAACCACUGAUAAAUUGUAUUUAGUUUUUGAAUACUUAGAUCUUGAUCUCAAGAGGUACUUGGAUGGUACUAGAUCACCACUAGAAGCUGAACUUAUAAGGAGCUACAUGAAGCAAUUGAUAGAGGCGCUAGCGUACCUGCAUUCACACAGAAUUCUCCAUCGCGAUUUGAAACCUCAGAACCUUCUAGUCGAUAAAGAAGGCCACAUUAAACUUGCAGAUUUUGGACUGUCAAGGUCUUUUUCACUACCUACCCGUACUUAUACCCACGAAGUGGUAACAGUAUGGUAUAGGGCGCCAGAGCUAUUAUUGGGAGCUAGGAUGUAUUGUACUGGGAUCGAUAUAUGGAGUUUGGGUUGUGUCAUGGCCGAGAUGGUAAGAAAAAAUUAAUUGAUACUGAAACUUUCAAGAUA